AUGGAGAAUCAAAUUGAUAACAAGUUCACUUGGGUCAUUCAGAAAUUCUCUGCUUUGCAAUCUGGGUCUAAUUAUUCUGAUCAAUUCGUAAUCGGUGGCUUCAAAUGGCGUCUUCUCACUUUUCCCAAAGGAGAUGGUAAUAGAAGCUUUUUGCCUCUGUAUCUAGAGGUUUCUGAUCGUGAAGCUUUGCCUCAUGGAUGGAUGAGUCACACCAAAUUCUCCCUAAAAAAACAGACGUGCUUUGAUCAGAAGACUACCCUCUCAGGUUUUCCUGAAAUGAUUCCAUAUUCCACACUACAUGAAAAAGGUGGUGGGUUUCUGGUGAACGGAGUAGUCAAGAUUGUUGCCGAGAUAGAGGUUCUUGGAGUAAUUGGUAAACGAGAUGUAUCAGAGGAACCUAAAGAGACAACCCAACCUCUAAAAAAGAUAAAGCGAGAGGAGGAUGCAAAAUCGAAAGAUUUGCUUAAGGAAACUUUGGCAGUAAAGGAAAGCAUUGAUGUCAAUGGGUUUCAAGUGCUUCCUUCACAGGCGGAAUUUGUGAGCCGUGUUUUUAAAAAAUACCCAGACAUUGCAUCACAACUCGGAGCAAAGAACGAAUCUCUGAGGACAGCUGGAAUGUAUGUCUUCCUCAGCCUAAUCAAGACAUUGUGCAAGUCGCUGCAAGAGCUCUCCAAUGAUGAUCUGAUGGAAGCAGACAAUGCUCUAACAUACCUGAAAUGUUCGGGAAUUAAAUUGGAUUGGUUGGAGCAGAAGCUGGAGGAAGUAAAGGUAAAGAAGAAGCAAGAGCAGAUUGGUGAGACUCGGAUGCAAGAAUUAGAAGAAGAACUGAAGGGGGUUAAGCAGAACUGCACAGACAUUGAAGCCUUGCUGGAGAAAAAGAAGGAAGAACUGAACAACAUUAAGCACAAGUGCUCAGACAUAGAAGGUCUUUUAGAGAAAGAGAAGGCAAAGGUGUUGGCCGCCAGAGCUCCUGCUCUAACGUUAGGAUGA